AUGUCUCUAGUUAAAAGACAGAAGACAGACAAUGGUUAUCAUAAAGCCCUAGCUCAUUCAAGACUGAUCGGAAGUACUAAUGCCGGAGAAAUAUUAUAUAAUGAAGCCGUGGUCCUUGAAGGACAUCAAGGAUCAGUACUCUCCUCAAGUUUUAGCCAUAACGGUGAUAAUAUUGCAUCUGGAGGAUUAGACAGAACUAUUCUACUAUGGAAAUUACCACGUAGCGAAGAAGAGGAAACUCCUAAUUAUGGUGUAAUAAAGGGUCAUAAGUCAGCUGUAACUUCUGUGAGAUGGCUCUAUGACGACAUAACAUUGGUGAGUGCAAGUGCUGAUACAACUAUUGGGUUCUGGGACAGUGAGACUGGUAAAAGAACCAAGAAAUGUGUGGGCCAUGAGCUAGCAGUAAAUGAGAUAAGCGUGUCAAAGGAUUCUCUUGCACUUAGUGCUAGCGAUGAUGGAUCUGCGUGCUUGUGGGACCAAAGACAAAAAGAAGCAACAAACAAAGUGACGACUGAAUACCCAUUGUUGUCUUGCACUUUCAAUAAUAGAGGUAAUACAUUUUAUAUAGGAGGAAUUGAUCCUAAGAUUCAGGCAUACGAUAUGAGAGUGAUGGACAAACCCGUAUGGACUUGCGAAGGCCAAGUAGACUCCAUAACAUCCAUUGCUAUUAAUAAAGAUGAUUCCAUCUUGUUAUCUCGUUCUUUGAAUGGUGCAUUGAGGACAUAUAGUGCUCGAGAAUUUGUUCCUGAAGGUAUUCCUAGGAUGAACCCGUACAUAUAUGAUGGUGCUCCGUCGGGAAAUGAAUACCAGCUAAUUAGAGCAUGUUUCAGUACAGACAAUGUUUCGAUUGCCUCAGGCUCUGAAGAUAAAACUGUUACUAUAUGGGACUAUAAAUCUAGAAAGAUACUCAGUAAAAUCUCGGGUCAUAGAGGUGCUACGCUUGAUAUCGUUUAUCAUCCGACAGAGCGUAUUUUAGCAUCUACUUCUACAGAUGGCUCAAUUAUAGUUAGAGAGAUAUAG